AUGGCUCGCCCCAUCGUCCUAACCCAGUCACAAGAGCACUAUCCUAUCUUUUCCGCCAAGUCCCAACCCUUUCGGAGAAAGCCAGAGCUAAGUCGGUUCCAUUCAGCUGGAUACCUAAUCGGACUCGGACCUCGAUGGGCGGCUGCGAGACAGCGAAGACCAAGAAAUCGAAAUGUACGCAAACCAAACCAAACAUGGAAGCAGUCGCUACGCCUUUCUGGCCGCGUGCUGCACCUUCAGGAGCCAGAAAGGGGACCGGGACAUGCGCAAGAGAGAGACUAUCCAACUGGCAUGACGACCGGGAGUUUUGCACCCAAUUAUAGGAACCAGGACUGCGGGGGCUGGAAGGUGAACGACGCGCUUCAGGAUAAGGGGUAUCUGCGCUGUGUGAAGAACGGGUGGGGCAAUGAGAACUCGUAUUCGCUUACCCAGAAAGGGGUCAAGCUGAUGAACCUGGUCAUGGCCAAGUUCCCUAUCGGUAGUACAGCGCCUGUCGGUGCAGGUGGAGUGGGGGUGGGUGUGGGAGUGCCUGGCAGCGCAACUGGACAUUACACCGGGAAGGUGAUGGGCGGUUACGGAGGCUUCGGCCAUAACGGAUUGUCGGCGCACGGACUCGGACAUGCACUUGCCAGUAUGGGCACCUUCCCUACAGCUAUAGGUAUGUUUGCAUGCCACAACCACGUGGGUAUAAUUGUCGUUGGUGAGUGA